CCGCCCGGCCCUCACGGCGCGGCCUGGCCCCGCACGGCCCCGGGAACGACGCGCGGCUGCGGUGCCGGCAUGUCAGAGGAUUACAGAUGGAAAAGGAAAAGCCAAGGGAAGUCUUUUAAGUACUACGGAAUAAAGAAAUAUGGUCUAAAUGGAGUUGUCUGUGCCAUGUAAUCACUGUGAAGUUUUGUAAUGGCAGAAACUAGGUCUUCAGGAAUCAAAAGAUCCCAAAUAAGUUUGUCAUUCAGUAAAAAUAAGAAGAGAAAAGAAACAACAAAAAAAGUGGAAGUUACAGGAACACCAUCUGCACCUUCAGCAUCAUCCUCUAUUACUUCCUUUUUUAACAAUGUCCCCCCUGCCAAAAUUAGCUGUCCCAUGUGUGGGCAAUUGGUGCCAAGAUACGGAAUAAAUAAACACAUUGAUGAAACAUGUCAGAGAAACCAUGGUGAGAUUGGUGCCGUUGAUGCUACACUGAAUUCUUUUAGGAGUAAGAAUCCCCCAGCUGCAAAUCUGAGCAAUAAUUCCAGCUCAUAUUUUUCAAAAAAACUCUUAAAUCUAGAAACAAGUCCUUCCAAAAGUAAUUUAUUGAAAGCAGGAGGGAGUGCAGCACAACAGACUAGUCCUUAUUUUAGCAAUAACUCAGUCUGUAGUGUUAACAAUGAACCCCAGGCUCGAACAGUUAGAACAGUCUCCUUGGGAAGCUUGUCUUCUAAACUGUCCAGAAGAUGCUGUCUGCAGGGGGGAAAACAGGUCUUGUAUGAAGAAAUCAACUCUUCACCUCCGGCUGUUCACAGUGCCUGUGGAAGUGCUGCAGCACUGGAUGGUGAUGAUGAUGGUGAUGAGACUGAUGCUGGGCAGAGUUCUCAGAAAGAAAAUCAGCCUUCUCAGAGAGAGCACGAGGAACAAAAUUUUUCAAAGAGGGAACCUGAAUUUCAAAAUGAAAUAAACAAAUGUAAUCGAGAAGACCUUGUGGAUAUGGUUCAAUUACCUUUACUGGCCGAUAACAGUAAUGACAAAAGGUUCCCAUCUGGUACAAGGAGCACCAAAGCAGAAAGCAGGUCUGAAGGUGGUGUACUUAGUCCUGAUAAAUUUGAAACAUCUCUAGCUAUCCAUACUUCAGCAGAGCUGAGCAGUAAUUUGGAAGUUAAGACUCAGCCUCACACUGAGGUUACUCCUUCAAAGACAGAAGUAAACUGUGGGACAGAAAAUUGCUUUAGCAGGGAUGAUGCAGAAGUACUUCCUGUGGAAGUUCUUGAAGACUUUAAGAAUGAUGUGAACCACACUUUGUUAGAAACUGUGGAAAAGGCAGAACCUCAGGAUUCCACUGGGGACAUGCUAGACAAAAUAGAUGAGGUCCUCUCUGUGCCCAGCUCUCCUGGUCACCCAUACUACCUCCAGAAUUUUUUACUAGUGCUGCGAGCAGUAUUGGAGAAUGAAGAUGAUGUCAGACUAUUUAAUGAACAAGAUUUGAACAUUAUAACCAAGUUCUACAAAUUAUCAGUUGGUGGACAGAAGUUGUAUGUGAGACUUUUUCAACGCAAGCUGAACUGGUUAAAGGUGAACAAAAUAGAAUACGGGGAGAUAAGUGUGGAUUUGUCACCAAUAAUUGAAGAACUAGCUGAAGCCAGAUUUCUACAAACAGAAUCUGAAUUGGAAGACCUGUGUGAAGGGUUGGAUUUGCUCUCAGCCCCUGAGCUAAAAACUCUGGCAAAAAUCUUUCACUUGCCAAACCCAAAUGGUCAGAAACAGCAACUUGUGGAUGAUCUUCUGAAGUUGUCAAAGCAGCGUUCGAUCUUCAGCACGAGUCAGGCUGGUAUUGGGACAGUGAUUUUAAAAAGGGUGAAGGACCUGGCUGGAAAAUGUGUCAGGGUCUGCAAAGGUGCUCGGGAUGUCUUUUCCCGAAUCCUGCUGCUGUUUUCACUGCCUGAAUCACUGGAGGAGGAAGAAGCUGGCAGUGCUCGGCAAGGCCUGCUCUCCACAGUCCUGAGGGCAAACAUGGGGCAUAUGGUGUUCCCCAGUUACACAGUAAACAGGAAAACACAGGUCUUCCAGGACAGAGAGGAUCUCAUCAGGUAUGCAACUGCUGUUCAUCUGUCAAAUGAUAUAGCCACUGCAAUGGUAAAUGGGAACUGGGAAGAAGCUAAUCAUCUCUAUUUGUGUGCUAAAGAAAACUGGAACGAACUGAAGAAUCAUGCAUCUUUGAGCUGUCACAGAAUUUUACCUGAUUACCUGCGACGUUUCACAGUUGGCUGGGUGUACACAAGAAUCCUUUCUCAAGGAGUUGAAAUUCUGCAGAGACUUCACAAGUAUAAGGAAGCAGUGCAGCAGCUGCAGAGCCUCCUGGCCCAGGAAGUGUAUUGUACUGACAGCAGAGGGAGAUGGUGGGAUCGACUGGCUCUGAAUCUACAUCAGCACUUGAAAAACACUAAGAAGGCCAUUGGCUGCAUCCGGAGGGGGCUGGCAGACCCAGCCGUGCGCACCGGGCACCGCCUGUCUCUGUGCCAACGCGCCCUGCGCAUCAGGGACUCCCCCAGCUGCAAGCAGUUCCAGGGCCUGCUGCAGGACCUGCCCAUCCUCACCGUGCAGGAUGUGACACACGUUACAAUCAAUGGAAAGAUGUGUCCUCAGACGGGAAUGGGAAAAUCUGUGUUUCUCAUGGAGGAUAUUGGUGAUGGAGAAGGAGGCGAAGACUGCAGUGUAUCCACAGUCAUGUGCUCGGUUGAGGAGCUGGCAUUAACUCAUUACAGGAGGAAUGGUUUCGAUCAGGGCAUUCAUGGGGAAGGCUCAACAUUUAUUACGCUGUAUGGGAUUCUGAUGUGGGAUAUCAUUUUCAUGGAUGACAUACCUGACAUGUUCAGAAAUUCCUAUCAGACAGCCCCCCUGGAUUUAUACACUGACAGCUUCUAUGAGAGCAGAAGGGCUGUCAUUGAGGCCAGACUCCAGCAGCUUCACACAGCUUCUUCGGAGACACUGGCAAAGUUGGUUGCUGAUGUCUGGACCACUCAGGAGGGAAAAGCAGCAGCCCUGGUUAACUGGGGACGCUUUACUUCCCUCCAGCAAGUCCAGAGCCUGGUCUCUUGCCUUGGAGGAGCGUUUCUGAGUGGUGUUUUCCGGCGGCUUUCCAGGGACCUGCGGCACUGCCGGGGGGGACUGCCCGACCUGCUCGUGUGGCGCUCCCACAGCCGGCACUUCAAGCUGGUGGAGGUGAAGGGCCCCAACGACCGCCUGUCUCCCAAGCAGAUGCUGUGGCUGAGUGAGCUGCACAAGCUGGGGGCUGCAGUGGAGGUUUGUCACGUGCAGGACGUUGGAGGCAAGAGCAAACGCUUCAGCUGACAGAGAUCACCUGAAAGUCAUGAGGAUUGUAUUCACCUGGGGACCUGAGUGUUUUUCCCUAAGUGACAAUCUGAAGGACACACAGGAAGCCUUUAGCUGGGAUGCUGUUAUUUCCAGGGGGGGCAGGCUGCAGUCUCCUGCUGGACAAGCAG